UUCUGCUCCUGCUGUGUACUUCGCAAUCGUAAUUGGUUUUAAUUAUUGUUUCAAAAUUUCUGUCUUGUCAUCGUACCCGUACGCCACUAACUAUUACGUCUAGAACAAACAUUACGGAUGGAACUUAUUAAGAAGGCCUAAGUUAAUUUUCUCGAGCGAACCCCUUAAGUUUAGGUUAAGAAACAAUCGUAAACAAUGGCUCCCAACUUGAGCAAGUAUGUUACUCCAAAAUCUGUAGCUGGCGCCGCAACUGUAUCAUUUAUUUUAUGGCUCAUAUCUCAGAAAAGAAAAUCAAAACCAACUAAACUUAGAAAACCGCAAGUUCCUGAUAUUCAGUAUCUUAUUGGAGAUAAAACUCCAACUCCGACCAAAAAAGCUCAAGUGGACGCAGUUUUCUUUGCUCAACUUAGGAAGAUCCUCUCAAUAUGCGUCCGAGGCGUGUUUACAGCGGAGACGGGCUUCUUGGUGCUCGUUGCGUUCUCUCUAAUGGCACGGUCCAUGUGUGACAUUUGGAUGAUACAGAACCACACUGCAGCUGAAAAUGCCAUUGUUACAAUGAACAAAAACUUAUUCAAGAAACACAUGACAGAAUUUUUCAUCGCAAUGCCAGUGAUUUCUCUGGUGAACAACGUUCUCAAGUGGGGAAUUGGAGAACUCAAGUUGCGUUUGAGAACGAGAUUGACACACCAUCUCUACGGCGAAUAUUUAAAGGGGUUCACAUAUUACAAAAUGGCCAACCUGGACACAAGAAUAGCCAACGCAGAUCAGCUGUUGACUACGGAUGUUGAGAAGUUCUGCGACAUGUUCGCUGACCUUUACUCCAACAUAUGUAAGCCAACACUGGACAUCGUCAUAUACGUGUGGCAGCUGACGGCUAGUUUAGGUGGAACAACGCCUAGUGUUAUGAUCGGUUAUCUGCUGGUGGCUGGUUCGUUCCUGACGUGGCUGCGUCGCCCUGCGGGUCGUAUGACUGUGACCGAGCAGAAACUGGAAGGAGAGUUCCGCUUUAUCAACUCCCGUCUAAUCGCCAACUCUGAGGAGAUUGCUUUUUACAAUGGUAACAACAGGGAAAAACUUACCGUACUGGCGGCAUUCCAGAAACUUACAAAUCAUCUCAGAAAAUUUUUGGAAUUCAAAGCACUGAUGGGAACUAUUGACAACAUUGUUGCCAAAUAUUUUGCAACCAUUAUUGGAUUUGUUGCUGUCAGUUUGCCCUUCUUGAGCACAAGUGGUUGGCUGGCGUCUAGCAGCAAAGACCAGAGGUUCAAGCAAUACUACUCGUCAGGCAGGAUGCUGGUGAAGUUAGCCGAGGCAAUUGGUCGUCUAGUGCUGGCAGGCAGAGAGAUGACCCAGCUGGCCGGCUUCACUGCGCGAGUCACGGAACUGAUGGGCGUGCUGAGCGACAUCAACGCUGGCCACUACCAGCGAACUAUGGUUGACAAUAAAUCCAAUGCCCUGGAGCCUGCAGUUUCACAACCAAAGCUUCCGCUGAUACCCGGCAAGGGCAGAAUCCUUUACCAAGAUAACAUCAUCAAGUUUGACAAAGUUCCGUUAGUAACUCCAAACGGAGACAUUUUGGUCGAGGAACUUUCUUUCCAAGUGAGAUCAGGAAUGAACGUGCUUGUUUGUGGCCCCAACGGAUGUGGAAAAUCCUCCCUAUUCAGAAUACUAGGAGAGCUUUGGCCACUGUUUGGAGGCACGGUCACUAAGCCUCCCAGAGGAAAGCUGUUCUACAUCCCCCAACGCCCGUACAUGACUCUUGGCACACUCAGAGACCAGGUUAUCUAUCCACACACUAGAGAAGAGAUGCUGCGUAGAGGCAAGACAGACGCUCAGUUGGAGGCACACCUGGACCGGGUACAGUUGGCGUACCUGCUGCAGCGAGACAAGGGAUGGGACACCAUCGCGGACUGGAUAGACGUCUUGUCGGGCGGAGAGAAACAGAGGAUUGCGAUGGCGCGGUUGUUCUACCACCAGCCACAGUUUGCCAUCCUAGACGAGUGUACGAGCGCAGUCAGCGUGGACGUGGAGGGCUCCAUGUACCAAUAUUGUCGUGAGGUUGGCAUCACUUUGUUCACCGUCAGUCAUCGCCGUUCACUGUGGAAACAUCAUGAGUAUUAUCUUCAAAUGGACGGCAGAGGUUCGUUUGACUUCAAGCCGAUAGAAGAAGACACGGAAGAGUACGGGUCGUGAUGUAAAUAUCAGGUAUCGGACGGAAACCUAGACAGUGUGUUAAGGUGGCAGUUUACUGUAUCUGGUGAUAAGGUAAUAGUGGACACAUUGCAAACGUUUCUAUAUUGUAUAUACUGUUGGUAUAUAUUUUUCUCAAAUGUAUAUUCUUGUAGGUAUUUUUGUCUGUUUACAUGUUAUUUUAAGUGUUUGAUAUAAGGUUACUUUAAAAGUAAAAUAUGUACAUUCAGUUUAUUUGUGUCCGAUUGGGCGUUUUCUAGCUUUCUAAAAGCUAACAGGAUGUUCAGAAACAAACCUAGUCAAAAAUAUCAGUUGUAAAUCAACGUUUUAUCAAUAUUUUAUUUAAUGGGAUUGAGACAAAUUUUAGUUAAUUGACAGUGCAAUUUAUACAGCUUUAUUGUAACAAUGUGUUUUAAACAUUUUGUUAUGUCUUAGUUGAAUGACUAAUAAGAAUGAAUGAGAUUAUCAUUCAUGUAUUUGUUUUGGACUUCAAAUAUUAAUUGUGUACAAUUCUUUGUUCUUUUACAUUAUUGGUUCUGUUUUUAUCAAUCCAAAAGGCUGACUUUGCAUUUGUGGAUGUACCUUGCAUGUCCAUAGCCACUUACACAUACAAGGCUAAGUCUGUUCCGUCUAUUGUGGAACUUAAAUAAUUCAGACACCAAGUUUGUCAUACGUUGAAGUUUUAAAAUAUUUGGGCUAUUAAACAUUUACCUAUUAUAUUGAAAAUACCAAAAUUAUUUUGACUAUGAUUAUAUAGGAUACAGUAGUGUCGAUUAUACAAAGCCCAGUCAUCUAAACCAACAAAUAACCGAAAGGCAGAUUACCAGUGUCAAGAAACGAUUAAUGGUGAUGCCACGGCCGUAAGAUUUGCUCACUAGUGUUGCCCACGAUUGUGUGAAACUAUUAGCAGUAUCGCCAAGUCCGAAAGAUAUGCAUUUUCAAUCAGCUGCAUUUCUCAAUGACAGGUUAUAAAAUGUUAGUAACUGUUCUUAAAAACUAACUGUGUGGGAAUUGUUUGAAAUUUCAAAGAGGUUUGUAACUUAUAUAUUUAUUCAAAAUGCAACCAAUUGUGUAAAUUGGUUAUUUGGGUAUUAUACGAUUCAUUUAGACCAUUGGGUAUAUACAGGGUGUCCCGGAACUCUCUACCAAUAUUUUAGGGCAUUGCUCCUGGGUAAGAAACAUUCCUAAAUAUAUUUAAAUUGUCAGGAAGUCCUUGGUUACUCACACAGCCGCCAUUUUGUUUUUUCAGUUAUUAAUUUUUUUCUAAAGAAUGGUUAAACAUACGAAAUGGAAACCAUCACUACCAUCAAAUAUUUAUUUUUAACUGCUCUAUGUUGAAAAAAUAUAAAGCGUAGUUCUUUUAACUUAACUUAAUCAUUUUAAUUCUUAAAAAGUAAAAAGGUAUUCUAUUAGAACCAUCUGGAAUGAUAAUGCUUUAAUAUUUAAUAGACUGUUGUAGCUAAGAAUUAUACUAUGUUAGCAUUUUAGCCAAAGUGUGCUAAAUCUUGUUUCAUUAUGUUUAUUUUAACACGUUCACUGUGCAUUAUGAGUAUUCUCGUCACCGCUAGCGCUUUCCAGUGGCUCACAACGAGUCUACUUGUCAAAGCGCCGUUUACAAACUCUUGUUCUAAUGCGAGGUUAGCCACUGCCGCGAGAUGUUGUUUCGCUUGCCAUUUAUUGUGCCAGUUUUAUACUUAAAUCUGGUAUAAUUUGUUUUCAGAUCCAACUAUUUUAUUGGUGGUAGGGAUUGUUGCUAAUUUGUUGUAGAAUGGGGUUUAGGCUUGGAUCUAAUGACAUGUAAUAGAAUAACGAUAAUGAAUGUACUGUAGCAUUGUGGAAGGAACCUAACCUCAAAAUUGUGCUUGACCGGUUUAUUGCGGUAUCUUUUUGUAGUAUAUCCAGGUAAUUCACCUCUGCAUGUUACCUCCAUUUGGCAAUACUGAGGGCCGGCUAGUAGUAUUGUUUAGUGCUGCUAUCUGUUGGGUUCUUGUAAAAUUAUGUCCACAACGACUGGGACAUAGUACAUGCCUCUCAUUUGGAUGAAACUAAAUUUAAAUGUUUUCGUGCACUUAUCCAUGCAGCGCAUUAGAUGUUUGCAGGGCCAGCCUUUGCGCAACUACAUUGAACAUUGAACGUGUUAAUACAUUUCUUAUAUUUUUUUUUCUGUUAAAAAUCCAAAUUUAAAACCAAUUUAGAUGUAAAAAUAUGAUCAAGCCUUUAUAAUGAAAAGACUUUAUACAACAAUUUAUAAAAUAAACCAAAAUGUUAAACCAAACCAGGCAAUUUUCGUUUGUUAAGGGUUUUAUAGCUAUUCAAAUGUUAAGAUGUAGAAGUACUUAUCAAGAUCUUUCCACUUGUGAUAUCUAUAUUAUUUUGUGAUACUGCUUGAGUGUUCUUGUUAUUUUAAAAAAUCAGAGCUUUUACACAUCACAGUAAUCAUAAACUUACUACAUUUUCUAUAGACCGUAUUGUUUAAUUUAUAUCCGUAAUUUAAGUUUUAUAUUACAUUCCUUAAUUUAUUUCUGUAAAGAUCAAAUGUAUGUACACGCAAAAUUGGGAUAUGUUAUUGUAAUUUUUAAAGAAUAUUUUUGUUGUUUCACAAAACAAAAUUACUGUUUU